GCUUCCAAAGAGCUUACCGGUGACCUGACAGCCAUGAAUUGGUUCUUGCUGAUCCUCGGGGUGCUGCCAGUCUGGAUGGUUGUCGUCCUAGCAAGACAUCUCCGGCGAUUCCCAGCAGGUGAGCUGUGUACCUGCCAGAAGCCCACGAACAGCAAGAUCACUCCGGGCGCAGUGGACGAGGGAAUUCCUGUUGACUUCGACUCGGUGCUGGUGGAUUUUACCCCAAAAUCUUCGCCGAAAGGCGCCAAUGGCUGGAGAAACUGCCUCGGGGCAUUUUUCUGCUGA